UUAUGUUAAAUAAACCAGAGUUGUCAAAGGAAUUGAGUGUUUUCUUGGAAUUGUUGCAUCAAGACAAUGGGGAGUAUAAGGGAUAUGAGAAUUAUUUAAUUGGAAGCGAUCUUGAUGAGAUGGAUAUUCAUAGUAAGAGAGGAUUCAAUAAGGAUCUCUCAAUAAUUUAUAGUUAACCUGAAAGUGAAGUUUCCACGCAGAGAGACAAUGCCUCUCUCAAUAUUGGAGACUUGUUUUCAGUUAUUUUUAGAGAUCUAGAAAAUUAAGCCUAUUCUACAUUAUCUUAGCGAAUCAAAUAAUUAUAAGUAAGAUGGUUAUUUAAACUAAGUAAUAAAUUCAUAUUUAUAUGAUGAGAGUAUCUGAGAAAUUGAGUGAGUUCUAACAGCAGAAUCAGAGUCUUGAAACUAAUAAUAAACUAUUGGUCUAAGCUCUGAACUCAUCCCAACAGGAGAUUUAAGUUUUGGCUGUAUCGCAUGAGGAAUCUUCCAAUAAAUUGAAGAAAUCUAUUUAAGACCUAAAGAAAUAAUGCGUAAUCUAAAUUAAUAUCAAUUUAGGAGGAAUUACAUAAAUCCUUGGCUUACACAUAAUAAAUUAAUUAAAAUUUGUUAUCAUAAAUUGACAGAGAAUAAUCAACGUACAAAAAGAAUGAGGAGGAAUUUAGAGACGCUUCUCAAAGAUUGAUCAAAAGCAAUUAGGCAUUACGGUAUUGCAUUCAAAUUGAAAUUAGCGAAAUAAUUGUUAAUAUAGGCAACAUUUCUCCUAUGCACAAAAGUAAGUUGCAAGAAGUCAUUAAAUACCUGACUGAUGGUAUAGAUACAAAACAAUAAGAACUCAGAAGUGGUCGUAGUUAAUCUAGAAAACAAAAGGAGAAUAACAGUCUCCAUUAUUGUAUCUCAAAAUUAUCAUCUAGCCACUCUCAACAUAAGUAGUUCUAGAAACAAAAAAUCAAUGUCUCCUCAAGGAUUUACAUCCACAAGAAAACAAUAAGGUGUUAAUGUGUUGGAUACAAAUUAUUAAACAUCUUAUAAAGAGUUAUUUUUAAAGAGUUUAAAAGUAACAAAAUAAAAAUGA